UUUACUGGUGGCAGGUUACCGUGGCUACUCGGCUGCGCAUUUUUCUGCAAACUUCAAGGUUAGCUCUGUGGGAGAAAAGCGGGAAUCCUGCACAGCUGACUGUCUGUCCGAGACCUUUCCCAGGCGGUAUCAGCUGGAAGACCGGGACCUCCCCCCCCGAUCGCCCCCCCUUCAGCACAGGUGCACCCCAGUCCUUCACAGAGGCCGUCUGGGCUUAUUCUGAAGCAACAUGCAGGAGAACAACCUGGACCAGCCGCCGUCUCUGUCCCAGCUCCUGCGGGAGAACUACCUGGCGGAGGCCCGAGCGCAGCAGCGGCACGGCGACAUGAGCCGCUCCGACGCCUCGUCGUCGCGCCUGCCCAUCUACGGCUCCUUCAAGGGCAAGAGCGACGACAGCGCGGGCCACAACGACGCCCAAUUCCCAGACCUGUCGGCCUUCCUGAGCCAGGAGGAGCUGGAUAAGAGUGUGAAUCUGGCCCAGCAGGCCAUCGGACACGACCCCCGCGAGGAGAGGUCAGAGGUCAAGGCCUCAGCGGCACCUUUAACCGCCCCCAGCGUCUCCUCGUCCUCGGUUUCCUCCUCCACGCUGCCUUCCAUCGCCUUCUCCGCUCCACCUUCAGCCCCUGAUUUUAGGGAAGAGCUGGCGGCUCACCCCAAGUUCACGGCCGACAGGAAAGUGCAGAAGGCCUCGUCGCAGAGAGACGGCCGGAUCAGGAGCGGCGGCGACUCCUCCGAAGGAUUCAACGACUGCAACCAAGCGAAGGCCGCUCCGUUCGGCGCGGAGACCCAGUCCAAGAAGGAGUUUCUCAAUAAGGCGGCGGACUUCAUCGAGGAGCUUUCCUCUCUCUUCAAGGCCAACAGCUCCAAGAGGGUUCGACCACGAUCGUGCAAACCCCACCGGAGCAGGAGCCAGAGCAAGAGCCAGCAGGACGAGCUGGCCGGUUACCAGCUCGGCGCCGACAACAGGGAGCGAGCCGUGACGGCCGUGGAGGUGGAGGAGCAGAGAGCCGGCCCCGCCGGCCCCGCCGGCCCCGGCCAGGACCCCCAGGGGGGCCAGCAGGACUCGGGGAGCGGCCGUGUGGAGUUUCAGGAGAGCAGAAACGCCGGGGAGGAGCAGUUUGAUCCCGUCUCUCUGGAGGACGGGGAGCAGACGGAGAGCCCGGACCCGGCAGAAGGUCCGUAUCCGGCAGAGAGCGAACCGCCCCGGUUCGUUCAGAAGCUGAAGAGCAGAGAAGUUGCAGAGGGCAGCAAGGUCCAGCUGGACUGCAUCGUGCAGGGACGGCCAGUCCCUGAAGUCCGGUGGUUCUGUGAGGACAAGGAGCUGGAGGACAGCCCUGACAUCCAGAUCAUCACCAGCGGUGAGCUGCACUCGCUGGUCAUCGCUGAGGCCUUCGAGGAAGACACCGGCCGCUACUCCUGCUUCGCAUCCAAUUUCUAUGGGACGGACUCCACGUCGGCGGAGAUCUACGUGGAAGGUGCCUCGUCUUCAGAGUCGGAGGGAGAGCAGCUCUUUGACCAUGUAGCCCAGCUGCAGAGGAUACAAGCCAAGUCCUCCUCGUCUUCAUCCCCACCGAGCCAAGUGCUCUCUGCAGACGACGAGUCUGAGUCGUCUCAGGCUGAGACGGUGACCGACGAGCCAGAAGAGGAGCUGUCGUUGCCAGUAACCAGCCUUGUAGUCCCAGAAACCGGUUCUCCCGGCCCGAUAGAGAUCUCCAAACCGACACAUGCACCUCCGGAGGAGACAGCGGUGCUACCUGUGCAGGUGUUUCCAGCUUCAUCAAGUAUAACAGACGUUACAGAAGGACCGCCCACAUCCCUCCUCACCGCAUCAGCACCACAGCUGGAGCCGACGGCGUCACCGGCGCUGCCCGUCCCGUCAGCUCCACCACAACAGACUUCGACUUCCAGCCACAACUAUCAGCCAGGAUUAACAGGGCAGGCUGUCAUGGCUGCUCCCGUCUUCACAAAGAGCCUGCAGGACCUCAGUUCAUCCGAGGGCCAGCUGGUGGUGCUGGAGUGCCGCGUCAAAGGGGUGCCGGCCUCUCACGUGGACUGGUACCGGGAGGGGAAACUCAUCCAGGACUCCCCCGAAUUCAGGAUCCUGCAGAAAAAGCCCAGAUCUCCGGCUGAGUCAGAGGAAAUCUGCACGCUGGUCAUCGCUGAGGUGUUCCGGGAGGACGCGGGCGUGUUCACCUGUACAGCCAACAACCCGUAUGGCAGCGUGUCCUGCACCGCCGCGCUGAGCGUCACAGGAAAAGGCAACAGCAUUAGCCACACAAGGCCCUUGGGCAGCUCACUGGUGGAGCCCAGUCGGGGGUCAGAGGUCACGGUGAGCAGCAGCAUCAAGCCCCACUCCAGCACCAUCCGCCUGGACCCGCUGGUCUCCAGCUCCGUCCGCCUGGACCCCCUGAACACCACCACCCUCCGGCUGGAGCCCCACACUUCCUCCAUGCUCCGCUCCAGCCUGCCCGGUCUGGACCCGUCCAGCCUCUCCAGCUCCAGCCUGACCUCCCGCAGCACCAGCACCCCCAACCUGGACCCUCUCUCCCUCCACCAGGACCGUCACGGAUCCACCGGAGCAUCACGGAGCGGUGGACAGAUCCUCUCCCACCCAAAACCCUUCGCCGUUUCCUCUGCGCUUGAGGCGGCUAAGGGGACCCCCAACCAGAACGGGAGCCCCGUCGUGGUGCCGCUGCCCGACCCUCCUCCAAACUCCUGCCUGAAAUCAGGCGCCCUGACCAACCACAGGGACUCGCGCACCAGCGCCAGAGUCGGCCUGCGGGUUCACUUCAAGCUGCCCGAGGAUGAGGAGGGUGAAGACGGGUACGAUGACCUGGAUGAAGAACUCGGCCUGGACUCGGCCAGCAAAGAGCCGCCGCCCGUCCUGGCCAAACCCAAACUGGACCCGGCUCAGCUGCAACUCCUGCACAACCAGGUCCUUAUGGAGCAGCAGCAGGAGACCGAACCCCCGACCCAGAACCACGUCCAGGCUCCGUCCCUGCCCCCCUUCCAGGCCCAGAUCCAACCUGAGGUCCCGAGCCCCCGAGAGGGCCCGGCGUGGCCUCCCAGAAUGCACCGGGACCCCCAGGCUCCCACUUUCUCGCAGCAGAUGCCUCAUCUGACCAUGGCUCCUUCUGCUCCUUCUGCUCCGGCGCUCGGCUCCACCUUUCCAGGUCCCGUGAAGACGUCCUCCCUGGUGACGUCCCCCCCGCCUGCCCCGCUGCUGAACCCGCCUGCUGUGAGCCAGACCAGCACCUUCCAUGCCUCCCAGACGAGCACCUUCCACGCCUCCCACCUCAACCUCUCACCCGCAGCUCUCGGCAGAACCGCGCCAGCCUCCCAGUUUUCCUCCCCUCCGGCCCCGAAGCUCAGCGUAGCUCCGACGGGGUUGACGCCGGCCCCACAGGGCGUCACGUCCCCCACCGGCGUACUGAGAAGCACCCACGCCUCCCUCAUGAACCUCGCCCCCAGCUCCCACACCUUCAACUACGCCCGGCCCAAAGAGUUCCUGGCGGCCCAGACCCUGUCCCCCGUCCGGAGCCCGUCCCCGACGGAGUCGCCGGUGCCGCUGCUGCAGGAGCUGGCGGCCGAGUUCAACUCGUCGGCCACCAGCUCCCCCACUCCCCCGCUGUUCUCCCCCACCAGGGUGCUCAAUUCCCCCACCAGCCCUCCGUACCUCAUGUCCUCUCCCCCUCCGGGGGCCGCACCAUUCCUGAACAGCGUGCACCGAGCUCAGUCGCCCCCGCAGGCCUCGUCUCCCACCUCCAGCAGCUCCUCCCCCAGCCCCAUCCAGAACCCCGUGGCCUUCCUCAGCUCCGUGCUGCCGUCGCUGACGCCCAGCCAGCUCACCAACUCCAUGGGCCUGCCGAGGGGAGCUCCGGUGGGAGUUCAGAAGAAGGUGCCCAAGACACGUGUCCCGUCAGCUGAAAACAUCCGCGAGAGCAAAGAAAUUCUCCUCCGUGACAUUGAGAGGAAGCUUCGAUUCAAGGACGACCCUCCGGUCCUCGGACUCCAACAGAAGCUGAGUUUUAAGGGGAAAACAGCGAGCAGAGCCCUUGGACCAAACAUUCCUGCUACUGUCAUUAACUAUGACGAGGAGUACAAAGUGUCCAAUUUUGAGCAAAGACUGAUGAGCGAAAUUGAGUUCCGUCUGGAGCGAACGCCGGUGGAGGAGUCGGACGACGAGGUGAAGCACGACGACGUCCCCACGGGGAAGUGCAUCGCACCCAUAUUUGACAAGAAACUGAAGAACUUCAAGGCCAUGGAAGGCGUGCCUGUUACCUUCUCGUGUAAAGUCGUGGGAAUCCCACUUCCCAAGGUGUACUGGUUCAAGGACGGCAAGCAGAUCCUGAGGAAGAAUGUCCAUUACAGGAAGAUUCGAGAAGGCGACGGGACCUGCGCGUUACACAUCGAGUCCACGACCAGCGACGACGACGGCAACUACACCAUCAUGGCGUCUAAUCCGCAGGGACGAAUCAGCUGCUCGGGUCACUUGAUAGUUCAGACUGGACCUCCCCGAAACCAGCUGACACCGAUUCACUCCCAGAGGGUGCGAACUCGUGUACAGGAGGUUGAAAGCGAACAGACCCAGGAGCGCUUCUUUCGGCCUCACUUCCUCCAGGCUCCAGCCGACAUGACGGGUCACGAGGGCAAGAUGUGUAGACUGGACUGUAAAGUGAGCGGUCUCCCCAACCCGGAGCUGAUGUGGCUGGUCAACGGGAGGCCCAUCUACCCCGACAUCUACCACAAGAUGCUGGUGAGAGAGAACGGCAUCCAUUCCCUGGUCAUCGACCCCCUGACCCAGCGGGACGCCGGCACCUACACCUGCAUCGCCAGUAACAAAGCCGGGCAGAGCUCCUUUAAUCUGGAACUGAGAGUCGUGGAGAAAGAGAGGAAGCACCCGCCCCUGUUCGUGGAGAAACUGCAGAACGUGGGGAUUCCUGAGGGGACGCCGGUGAGGCUGGAGUGUCGUGUGGUGGGCAUGCCUCCUCCGGUCAUCUACUGGAAGAAAGACAACGAGACCAUAACGAAAGCCAAGGACAGAAUCGGCAUGACCCAGGAUGCUACGGGAUAUGUGUGUCUCCUCAUCCAGGGAACAACAAAGGACGAUGCCGGCUGGUACACAGUGUCAGCAAAAAAUGACGCUGGAAUCGUAUCGUGCACCUGCAGACUUGACAUCUAUGCACAGUGGCACCAGAGCAUCCCACUACCCAUGAGGAAAGCCCCGCGGACGGGCAGCCGCUACGCCGCCCUGACGGGCCAGGGCCUCGACAUCAAGUCGGCGUUCCCCACGUCGGACACCAGCCCCAUCCUGUACGCCAGCUCCCCCCGCGAGGCCACGCUAGAGAGCGAGGAGCUGUGAGCACGGUGGCCGUCGGGGGCCUUCCAGCACAUUCUGUGACCUCCCCGAGGUCGAAUCUAUCGAGGGGCUCAAAGGAAAAACGAUUAACAGACAAGAUUUUGUGUGAUGCAUUUGAAGUGUUGCAUUCGAGUUAGUAAGGCAAAGAUUUCUUAUCUAAAAGCUGUCGGCACUGAUAGAGGGUUUGUCACCAUUCCUAUUUACUCAAGUCGUAUAAAGAGUGUUUUACAGAUUUGCAAAAGUCUUAGCUCAUGAGCCACUGGUGGAGUUGGUUUCUCGUAGGUUUUGAAUUCUUCAUAUUUGUUUUCAACAUCAUUCUUAGCUGUGAGGGCAAGGUUACGGUGGCCGACAAGGACCAAACGCACUGCAACGGCCUAAUGCGUCUCCGUUAAGGAAAACGGCUUCAAGUACAGAAACGAUUCAAAUUCACAAACUCAAAACGAGGUACAAAAAGAGGAACGUGGUGCAGGGGGCGCAGCUGACUGAACCACAGUGUUUACAUCCAUGGUUUAAACCAGGGGUCGGUAACCCGCGGCUCUAGAGCCGCAUGCGGCUCUUUAGCGCCGCCCUAGUGGCUCCUGGAGCUUUUUCAAAAAUGUUUGACUUUUUUUUUCCUUUUUUUCUGCUUUUUUUGGACAUUUCGACAUUUUUCUCGACAUUUUGACUUUUUUCUCGACAUUGUACUUCAACAUUAAUCUCGACAUUUCGACAUUUUUCUCGUCAUUUCGACUUUUUUCUCGACAUUUCGACUUUUUUCUCGAGAUUGUACUUCAACAUUAAUCUCGACAUUUCGACUUUUUUCUC